AUGGCGGGACCUGGAAAGAGCGCUGCGGUUGCGCCGUCCAAGGGCCUCGAUGCGGAUGCGCCCUACCUGGUUGAGUCGUAUCAGAACAGCACUGGAAACGCGGGCACCGAUGACCCUGUGCCCGCCUAUACCUACUCUGCCGACCCCCGCGGCGCGGCGCCUGCGCAGAGGUCGUGGGACGAAGCGGCGCGCGCUAAGGCAAAUCCUAUCCGCCCGGCCGCGACACACAAUGCUGGCCAUGUGUACAUUGACGUGGAUGCGGAACGGCUCCAGCAGAGCGAGGGCAGCGCACCGGCAUUUGCCCCUGCACCGAUCAACUCAACCAUCACGGGGUAUGCGACGGCCCUCGGCUGGGACCUGAGCAAGCUCUGUGCGCUGACCUAUAUCUUUCCGCCAUUUACGAGCAUAUUCGUGCUAAUCUGGGAGACACAAAACGAUCUUGUGCGCUUCCACGGCUAUCAGUCCGCGCUGGCCAGUGCGGUGGUCGUCGGCACGUCGUUUGUGCUGCGCGUGCUCUUUGGCUGGCGGACGCUCGCGUGGCUACUUGUGCGUGCGUCGCUGAUUGCGUCGUGGUACUGCGCGUACGUCGCGCACCAGUCUGCUACUGCGCUCGAGCGCGACCCCUUUCUGCCGCUUGUCGGCCCGUGGGCCGUGUCGUUUGUCGGCGACGAAUAA